CGUGAGCCAUCGUGCCCAGCCGUGUUUUUUUAAAUUUCAAAUUAAUUGCUAGCGUUGAAAAGUGUGGUAAUUGCAUCGAAAAUUCUGAUUUCUGGAUUUAUCUUGACUAAUUUAAAAAACAAAAAACAAAAAACUCACGUUCCCAUGUGACCACGUUCCCUGGCAGCCCCUUCCUGAGGUGACACAGGCCUGGCUGCCCCCUGUUGGUCCCUGCAGACAAUUCACCUUCACUCCCUGUGACUGAUGGGCAAUAACAAAACGAGUGUUUGGCAUUAGCUGUGUGCCAGGUUCUAAGUGUGUCGCACAUACUGACUCACGUCAGCCUCACAAUGACAGUGUGGUAGAUGCUAUGAUGCCCAUUUAUUCAAGAAAGGCUUAAUGGGGGCCCAAGCCUAUCAGGUUCUGGAAAUGGAAAUGCAUCUGGGAACAACACAGACAAAAUCCUAUCCUUCCUGGAGCUUUUCAUUCCAGUGAGGGGACAUGGGGCGUGCUGAAGACGGUGGGGGGUGUGCUGUUAUAGAUAGAGGGUCAGUAUAGGCCUGGCUGAGCAGGUGACAUUUAAGCAGAGACGUGACUGCAGUGAACGGGUAGAAGAGUGUCCCAGGUGGAAAGAGGUGAAGAAACAUGCCUGGGGCCACACGGCUAGUUAAGUAGCCAAGCUGGGACUUGAACCCAUGCUGGCCCCAGAGCCUGUGCUCCUAACCACUGCAUUCUAGGGCUUGAUGUGAAAUGCCAGUCCCGCCCUGAGAUGCUCAGAGUUAGUGAGGAAGAGAAACAGGGAACGUGGCUGCCGUUAGAGGGCUGGGGCUGGGGGUGCAGGAGGCCCCAGCCCUGAAGCUUCCAACUUCCUGUGCUGUUCUAGUAUCCUCCCAGGAUCCGAGAUGAAUUGCCUGCCUGCCCUGGGCUCUUUAUUUUAAUCUCAGUAGGGUUCUGGGAGCACCCACCCACCUCCACAAAGCUCCUGGGCCCCUCCUCCCUUCAAGGAUUGCGAAGAACUGGUCGCAAAUCCUCCUAAGCCACCAGUAUCUCCAUCUUCAGCUCACACCAGUCCUGAGCGCCAGCCUGCGGCCAGGGGACCACGCACGUCCCACCCACCCAGCGACUCCACAGCCGCUGCCCACUCUUCCUCACCCAUGGGGAACAGCAAAAGUGGGGCCCUGUCCAAGGAGAUCCUGGAGGAGCUGCAGCUGAACACCAAGUUCUCAGAGGAGGAGCUGUGCUCCUGGUACCAGUCCUUCCUAAAGGACUGCCCCAGCGGCCGCAUCACCCAGCAGCAGUUCCAGAGCAUCUAUGCCAAGUUCUUCCCUGACACUGACCCCAAGGCCUAUGCCCAGCAUGUGUUCCGCAGCUUCGAUUCCAACCUCGACGGCACCCUGGACUUCAAGGAGUACGUCAUCGCCCUGCAUAUGACCUCCGCGGGCAAGACCAACCAGAAGCUAGAGUGGGCCUUCUCCCUCUACGACGUGGAUGGUAACGGGACCAUCAGCAAGAAUGAAGUGCUGGAGAUCGUCAUGUGUAGCCUAAGUGUAUCUAUAAAGUCUGCAGUAGUGGACGGGAAUGUCCUAGUUCUUCACAUUCACUCGCUACUCGCUUACCGACUCAUCCAGAGCAACUCCCAAUCCUGCAAGCUCCACUCAUGCCUUGCCCAGUGCUCUCCAAGACCUUCCAGUGAUAAGGAGGCUAUUUUCAAAAUGAUCACUCCCGAGGACGUGAAGCUCCUUCCAGAGGAUGAAAACACGCCGGAAAAGCGAGCUGAGAAGAUCUGGAAGUACUUUGGAAAGAGUGAUGAUGAUAAACUUACGGAGAAAGAAUUCAUCGAGGGGACCCUGGCCAAUAAGGAAAUUCUGCGACUGAUCCAGUUUGAGCCUCAAAAAGUGAAGGAAAAGAUAAAGAAUGCCUGAUGCCAACGGUUCAGUUGUCCUCCCUCCACCCACCACUCACACGACACCCAUGAGCGUGUGUGCGCACACACACAUGCACCCCAGGGCCAAGAGCAAGGCCUGCACACAAGCCCACAGCACAGCUCCCUGCCAAGCGGAAGCAUCUGUAGUGACCCACUGGUUCCUUCUUCCUGAGUCUUCAGCGUCCCUCCCAUCAUCCCGGAUCCCACCCCUCCCUCUGCCCACCAGCCCGUGGCCCUGUGCUAAUCCCAGGAUUAGGCUAUAGGAGUCCUAAGUGUCACCCUGCUCUAAGCUCCUUUGUGGAGUGCUGGGUAAGCAGUUUCCAAUAAAUGUAAGCUGAGCUGGG